AUGGCGCUGGUGACGAAUUUGACUCCUGUUCAUUUCUUCUCACAUGGCUCCACAAUGAUGCUUGGGGAAGAAUCCGACAGUGCAACAUACUGGAAAAAAUGCGGCGACGAAGCUCUAUCAAAUGGAAUAAAACACGUGGUAAUGAUGGGAGCACACUGGGCAACUCUCGGCAACGAAAUUGAAGUUGCCUCGAAUCCCACACCCGGAAAGUCUCCAGUAGCCUACGUGCACCCUUCAAAAUACGUACCAUACAAACUAAACCCUGACAUUCCCAUGGCAACUCGCUGUGUUGAGCUUUUGCAGAAGAAUGGGUUCAAAGCAAAAUUCAAUGAUAAGUUUGAUUGGAUCCAUGAUACCUACUUAAUCCUCAUUCGAAUGUUCCCGGAUGGGUGCCCGCCAACGACUAUCAUCUCUAUGAACGCACGAUAUGAUGCUCAUUAUCAUACUAAGGUAGGAAGUGCGCUACGACCGUUAAGAAGAGAGGAUGUGCUCUUUAUUGGGACGGGAGGUGCGGUACAUAAUUUGUAUCGGAAUAAUUGGUUGCAGAUGUUAAUACAACUUCGCCAUGGAAUCCCCCCAGACGCUGCAAUGCUCGAAUUCCGCCAAGAAUUUGAAGAUGCAAUGACCAAGAACUCCGGACCAGAAUUGCGAAGAGCAGUGACAAUGUUAAUGAAAUUACCCAAAUAUCGUGAUGCGCAUGGCACAGAUGAUCAUUUUAUGGCUGCAAUGUUUGUGGCAGGGCUUUGUGGAGAUUUUGAGGAUCGGGGUACUGCUGCUGUGAUGGGGCAGAGGAUUGGGAGCUGA